UGAGAUUACAUCACAGUAAAGGAAGAUAGCUUUAAAAAAUCCUGAACUAGCAAGUAAACCAGAAUCAUACAUUUGGUAUUGUUGAUGCUUACUUAGCCUGAGAUUCAAUGAAACUAAAGCUAAAAUAAGAUAUUUUACAGAAAUAAAAGAAAAACUAGACAUAAGAAAAAGAAAACGGAAACACUACAGUGUGCUCACAACAUUAACAGCAACAUAAAACAAUAUUAUUCAGGACUUUUUUUUCUUGAAAGUUUAAUCAGAUUUAUCAACACAACCAGUCUGAGGAGACAUUAAUGUAAGAUGUUUAUGUCCACGUAUUACGGUACUCUUGCCUUAAGAAAUAUCCCUCCUUUACACGAUGAAUCAAAGUUAUCAUAAAGGUCAUCACAGCCACAAAAAGCCUCAAACUAAAUUAAAUGGAGAAAAAAAAACACCAAUGUAAAGCUAAAGCUCUGCUGCAGAGGGCUUCAGCCCACGUUCACCUCUGACUGUCCAUCCGAUCAGUGUUUGAAGUUUAUUGAUGAUGUUACCGUGUUUCUCUGCACUGCAUGUGAGCAUGAGGUGCAGCAGAUACCUCGGAGCACUCCUUGUGACCAAAAGAGGCGUAGAAACUUUUCAUUGGACGAGCUUUUCGCUAAAGUAACAGGACAAACAAAUCCACGCCUCGGAAGAGUAUAUAACUGAAGUCAGACAGUCAGAAAACAUCUAACACCUUAACUUCUGCUUCUACUCAGCGACUGACACACAGUAAAGAAAAUGAAGGUCCAAGACUUGUUCAUGGGUUUUGCUCUUGUUGCUGUGAUCAGUGCAGCACCGAUAGAGGACAAAGCUUUAUAUGAUGAAGCAGAGUACCACCCUGAAGACUUUGAGAUAGAUCCUACACAAUAUGAGAAACUCUUACAGAAUCUGCAGAGUUAUGAGAAAGCUCUGGAGAAAGGUUUUGGAGACGAGGAAUUCCUGGGCAUAUCCUUUGACUACGGUGAGCUCCUGGGCACAGAGUUGGAGAAUGAAACAUUCCUGGCCGCAGGACUCGGGGUUGAUGUGUCUGUUGGUGCACUUCUUGGAGAUGAAGCGGCCCUGGGUGAAGGCUUUGGAGAUGUGGAGUCCCUGGCCACAAGCUUUGGAUAUGCAGAACUCCUAGACACAGAGUUGGGAAAUGACACACUUCUAGUUGCAGGACUUGGGGUUGAGAUGUCUGUUGGUGCCCUGGGCGAAGAUUUUGGAGAUGAUGACUUACUUCUGGCAGCAGCUCUUGGAGAUGAGCCCCUCGGCGCAACCUACGCAUAUGAAGAGCUCCUGGGCACCGAGACUGGAAAUGAGACACUCCUGGCUGCCGGACUCGGGGUUGAGGUGUCUGUUGGUGCGCUCCUUGGAGAUGAGGCGGCCCUGGGCAACGGGGAACUCUUGAAUGUCAGUGAAGAAGAUGAGAAACUCAUGGAGAUCGCUUUGGAAAACCUCAAUCUCGAAGAUGUGCUGAAAGCAGCAGGUUCUGACGGUGAAAUCAGAUCUGAUGCUGAAUGAGCUGAGAAAAAUGAAUCCCUCACUGCACACUGCCUGUAUGUCUCAGUAUACUUCUCACACUCUUCAAACUAUUUGUUUCAAUCAUAAAGGGAAAAGAUCACAAAGCAAAAUAACCUUUAAUCUCAAGAGAACGUAAUCUACAGUUCACCAAGUGAGGAAUGUGAUAUUCUGUCAUGUUUUUGUGGCUUAUAUGUUAACAUGUAUGUUUAUCUGCUCUUUCUCUGCAGCUCUGCAGGCUCGUGGCUUCAUCAUGGUCAUGAUGCAUGUAAGGCAGAUGAAGUGCAUUAACUGAGGCACUGUCUCAAACA